AUCCCGUAGCGACCAGCUCACCAGUUGGUGGUUUAGAAUCAACCAGGUGAACUAAGAGCUGAAAAGCAUAUAUACACAACACGAGAGUCCCGGUCUGCCGCCUCGGACACUCUAGUGUCGGUUAUAAGUUCGUUGUCCGAGAGACUCCGAUUUCAUCAUUGUCUCUCAUUUAAUAACGUGUCGCCAUUGCAUCUUAAUCGUUUUAUUUUUAAAUUUAACUUUAUACUAAUACCGGUAAUUUCAGAAAUAAUUUAAAAAAAAAAAUAUAUAUAUAUAAAUAUAUGUACUUUUUAUUACAAGUUCUAGAUAAAUCAGUUUAAUAACAAACAAAUAAUUCAACAAUUUUAAUCAAUAUGUUAUUCAGUGACUUGUGUAUUAAUUAAGUUAAAGUAAAUUGAUUAAUUAUUAAAAAAUUACUCUCAUGUUAUAUUGAGUAAAAACUUAAAGUUAUUGUUAAAUUUAUAAAUAAACUGUUAAUAGUGACAAUUGGAUUUUUAUAAAUAAAUUCGAAAGUUGAUAUAGAGAAUAAGAGAAAGGUAUAAAGAAAAAAUAAAUGUAAUAAAAGUAUCAUAAAAUGUUAUUACGACGAUCAAAAUGGCAAGGGAUCGAUCAGAAUAUUCAGAGAAUAUGACUGACGCAACUACUUACAGUUGUAAAACGAAUUCUGUCGACAAGAAUUUUUUACGAAGCAGUUCUGAAAUGUUUCACGAGCCAUUUUUUCUUCAUCCACCUGGUACUCGACCCCGUGAUGGAAUUUACAUAAAUCCAAUGAGUCCAUUUAUAUCAGAACAUCAAAAACCAAAAGAUACUGAAUCAUUCUACCUCCAUAGUCCGAACGACCUCGUCUAUACAAGAAUUACACGACUGUUUAGUGAUAACGUGGAUGAAACUAUAAAUGACGAGCGAAUUAACAUUGAGAAGAAGGAUGAGACUUUAACUGUGAAAGUGGAUGUUCACAUCAAUAACGGAAGUUACAAGCCAGUAAGCAAUGGUAACUCAAUUAAAUCGGAUAUAAUCAAGGACACGGAGCACGCUUACGAACAGAUCUGUAUCAGACCGGAUGAGACGGAGAGCGUUAAGUCAGUGGGUCAAAAAAAAUUCAAUGAUGAUGCAUCUGAAAGCAGUCGAUCAAAAAUUACUGUAAGAAGAUUUAGUAGAUCCAGCAGUGCUAGUGAAUCAUCGCAUUUAAGUAGUGAAAUACCUUGUUAUUCAUCGACAACAUCAACACCUUCAUUAUCACGCAAAAGUAGUAGCGAGCGAAUUGAUAAGAGUCCUAAAGCACCAGAACUACCAGAAAGAAAAAGUGUAACACCUGUAGAGGUUGAAAAGGAUUCUAAACCACAAAUUGAUAAUUCUAAUUGUAUCGUGAAGCCUCCACCCCCUCCACCACCACCACCACCACCAGACAUCGAAGAGAUUCCUGAUUCUCCAAAGCUCCCUGAGUCUAUUGACAAGGAUAUCAAGGAUACCAAGAAUGAAAGUGAUAAUUCAUCAACAACCAACAAGUCCGACACAUCUUCUUACGAGCAACCGCAGCAGCCGCAAACGGAAGUACCUGCUGGUAUUGUCAGUACACCAUCGCCAUCAUCAAACGAUUUGGAAGAUACUAAAGCGAACCAGGUGUCACACCUGGUAAAUAAGCACAUGGUGCUGCCAUUUAUUCCACCGAAAUUUACUAAUGCCGCUGAUUCAGACACACUUCUUAAACCAUCGGAAUACUUAAGAAGUAUCUGUAAGGGAUCUAAUAAAAACACUUUAUCUAAAGCAAGAUCAGUGGAUAAUUUGGAUAUACAAGGAAGAGUUCAAGUGGAGGAGGUGGAUAAGUGUCAAGAAGAAAAUACAUCACCAGGACCACCACCUCCUCCAUUACCACCACCAAUUAUUACUAAGGAUACAGUAAAUUUAGUUAAUACACCGACCACAUCAACUCAGGAACCUGAAACACCUAAAACUCAUCAACCACUUGCUACAAUUAGUAUUCAAGAUCUUACAAGUGUUCAAUUACGACGUACUAAUAUUAAAAUGAAUGGGACUAAAACAUUUUCUACUCCACCACCUCGAAGUGUUUCUAUGACCAAUGUGUCGGAGCCUUUUUUUGUACAAAAAACGGAUCUUAUUGCUGAAUUAAAAAAGGCUAAAGACAUACCAGGGAUUAAAAAAUUUAAAGUUGAAAUGGCAAAAGUUGAAAAGACACAAGAACAGAAUCUCAUCAUGGAGAUCAGUAAAUCUUUAAGUGUAUCAAGUUUUGUUGAUCAGAUUCCUGAAAAAGAUAGUUCUGGAAAUAUAAUACCAAUUUGGAAACGUCAAAUGUUAGCGAGAAAAGCUGCAGAACGUGCGAAAAAAGAAUUAGAAGAACAAAUAGCACGUGAAAAUGAAGAAAAAAGGCAAAAAGCUAUUCCACCAUGGAAAAGACAGCUUUUAGCAAAAAAAGAUUGUGUUGAUGAUAAAAAAACAAAUACAGUGAAUCCAGUACCUACAGUCGUAGCACCACCACCAGUUAAAAUUGAUCUAAUUCCUACACAAAAGAAAGAAAUAAUAACCGCACCAUUAAAACGUAUUGAAAAAAAUGUUGAAGUUGAAGAAAAAAAAAUCGUUACAACAACACACCACGAUUCAGAUGAUGAUGCUCCUAUAAUUCCAUGGCGAGCGCAAUUAAGGAAAACAAAUAGUAAAUUAAAUAUUCUCGACUGAUUAAUAAUUAAUUAUAAAACACGUUUAAUUAUUAUCUUCAAUAAAAUGUGUUCUUUCAAUAAUUAUUUAUGAAAAUAAAAAAAAAAAUGCAUGCUCAAGACACACAAAAUAAAUAUAAACUUGCGAUCAAUUGUUAUAUUAUUAAACAUGUAAAUAAAUGUAUCACAUGUUUUUAUUUUUUUAUAUUUAUAUAAAUUAAUAUCAUGGGUAAAAUGUAUUUAUUUAUGUGUAAUUUUAUACAGUAAUUAAUACGUACAUCAUACUUGAAUUACCGAACAUGAAAAUUAUACAUUUGCCAAGAAAAUUUAUUAUUUUAAAAACUUUUAAGCGAUUGAUUGCGUGAUAUAUAUUUAAAUAUAUAUAUAUAUAUAUCAUACAUAGUUUAUAAUCUUUUUACUUAGAUAUUUAAUAUAUAUAUAAAUAUUAUAAUCAAUAUGUAAAAUUAACCGUCAAUAAUGUACAUAAAUGUUUGUUUAAAUGUUCAUAUACUUAUGACCUUCACCCUCAAUAAGUUAUUAAUAGAAUAAGAUUAUUAGAUUAUUACGAAAAUAGUAUACUAUACUAAUGUCAUUUAUAAGAUAACUUCCCAUAUUUCUAUUGCUGGAAUUUAUAUUAUGGUCA